AUGACUGGAACAGAGGAUUCAAAGGAGGUUCGCAAGUACCUCCAGCAGAGCCAUGACCGUAUCUUUGAGAACAACAAGAAAUGGGCCGAGGAGAUGAAGAAGAAGAACCCUGCGUUCUUUGAAAAUAUGAGCGCGGGUCAAGCUCCCGAGUAUCUUUGGAUUGGCUGCUCCGACUCCCGUAUCCCAGCCGAAGCCAUCACUGGCCUCGAGCCCGGCGAGAUGUUCAUCCACCGCAACAUCGCCAACCUCGUUUGCAACAUCGAUCUCAACGUCAUGUCCGUCGUAAACUACGCCGUGCGCCACCUCAAAGUUAAGCACAUUGUCGUCUGUGGCCACUACGGCUGCGGUGGUGUCAAAGCCGCCAUGACCCCCAAGGACAUGGGUCUCUUGAACCCCUGGCUACGAAACAUCCGCGACGUAUACCGUCUGCACCAAAAGGAGCUCGACGAUGUCAUUGCCAAUGGUGGAACCGAGGACGACAAGUAUAACAAGCUUGUCGAGCUCAAUGUGUAUGAGCAGUGCAGGAAUAUUAUCAAGACAGCUGCUGUACAACAAUCUUGGGCUGAGAAUGAGUUCCCCGUUGUGCAUGGAUGGGUGUUCGGGUUCCAUGAUGGAAUGCUGAAGGAUCUCAACUUUGACCAUGAGGGUCAGCUUAAGGAGAUUCAGAAGAUUUACGAUUUGACAAAGGAUAUGUAG